UAAUUCUCAGCGGACACUGAUGCACAACAAGGUCUUUCUCCCUCUCUCCCUCCUCAUCUCUCUGUCUCUCCAGGUUCUCUCCUCUAUCCCGUCUCCCCUCCUCUGCUCUGCACCUGCUCCUCCCCUCCUGCUUUAUUAUCCUCACACUCAGAGCACUGCUCCGUCCUCGCCAAGUGAUGCUCCUCGGCGGCGCACAUCGGUGGCUUUUCAGCGCCUGCUGCAGGGAAGACCGCUUCGGUUUGUUGUUCUCCUCCGGAAAACACGCACCUAAGGGCGGCUGAAUAUGGGAAUUUAACGGGGCUUGCGAGAGCGUAAACCGAAGGAGGGCAGGACGACGAAGAAGUACUCAAGUCCCAUCCGAGAGCAGCGCGGCAGGAGGAGGAGGGGGGCUCCGGGGAAACGGUCCCGCCGGGACGGGGGACGCAGCGGAUGGUUCAUAGUUUGGAAUGGACUCAAGUCUCUGGUUUGUGUUGUGUGGCUGUGCAGACUGAGGUUACGGGAUAUAAAGGAACGCUCUCGGAGUUGCGGUCGGUCGUCCCUGUCUGUUUGUGAUGGAGUGAGUGAGGGCGCACGGUAACUUCACACUCGCCAUGAAAUCAGUGUUUUUCAGCCGCUUCUUCAUCCUGCUGCCCUGGGUCCUGAUUGUCAUCAUCAUGAUCGAUAUCGACAGUAAAAGGACCAUACGGGCUCCAGUCGGUGGUCGGACCGGCAGGACGCAGCGGACGGCCAGAACCGGCGCACCGGGGGUCGGCGGCACCCAGAACCAGUCCGCCCUGCCGGUCAUCUACGCCAUCACUCCGACCUACACCCGUCCUGUGCAGAAAGCGGAGCUGACCCGGCUGGCCCACGCCUUCCGCCAGGUGCCCCGGUUCCACUGGAUCGUAGUGGAGGACUCGACGGCGCGCACGGAGCUGGUGGCGCGCUUCCUGGCCCGGUGCGGCGUCCCGUACACGCACCUGCAUGUGUUCACUCCCCGCAGGUUCAAGCGCGCCGGGAUGCCACGCGCCACCGAACAGAGGAAUGUGGCUCUCGCGUGGCUCCGGCAGCACCGGAGCAGGCGGGACACCGGGGUGGUUUUCUUCGCAGAUGACGACAACACGUACAGCCUGGAGCUGUUCGAAGAGAUGCGUAGCACUCGCGGUGUGUCUGUUUGGCCUGUAGGAUUUGUGGGUGGCCGAGCAUAUGAGCGCCCCCUGGUGUCUGGGGGCAAAGUUGUGGGCUGGUACACCGGCUGGAGACCGGACCGGCCCUUCGCCACCGACAUGGCAGGUUUUGCAGUGAAUCUCCAGGUGAUCCUGGCAAACCCGCGGGCGCAAUUCAAACGACGAGGCUCCCAGCCGGGCAUGCAGGAGUCUGACUUCCUCAAGCAGAUCACCAAGGUCACUGAGUUGGAGCCCAAAGCCAACAACUGCACACGGGUGCUGGUUUGGCACACUCGCACAGAGAAACCACACCUUGCAAAUGAGCCCAAACACCGAAAAGACACGGUGGUCAUCGAGGUGUGAUUGUGGCUGCCCAUCAUCCCUUGGCCGAGGCUAACGAUAGCACCCUGCUUUCUCUCCUUAUCGGGUUAAUACAAUCUGUUCACGAUGGAUACAGACUCUGAGGAGCUGCAUGAUUCAAGACUCCUGGCUGUCUGUCAAAUGUUGCUUUGUGAAAGCUGGACGGCACAGAAUAUGUUUGUUUUACAAACUGGGAUGACUAGGACUGUUGGCUCCCUCCAUCCACAGCUUGCUGAUGUAAAAAGUAAACUCUAAAUGUAAAAUAUCAUGUUGCUGAACGGAAAAGUACCAUGUGAGUCAUUUUGAAUCAUUAAUGUCAUUUUUAAUUAUUAAUACAUCACUGUCAAAUUAACUGUGGCACCGUGAUAUAACUACAAUAGAAAGAAGGCCAGAUAAUGGGUUCAUAUUUUAUGACUGUAAUGUUGAAGUGCUGACAUUUUCCCAAAAAUCAAAGGACAUUUUGUGAAACAUGGUUGUUUGCUUUCUAUUUAUGAGUGUGAUAAGCUUGAUACAAAUUUCAAACCUGUGAAUUAAGUAUGGAGCUGGUAUCAGUUGCAGUUAGCAUAAAGCUAGCUUUGUAUAGAGACUGGUAGAAGGGAGAAAUAAUGUUCAAACUGAAAAUAGCAUUUAAAAUAACUCAACACCCUGGAAGCUGUAGUGUUAACAUACAAGAUACAACAGUAGUGAGUACAUUCCUGUGCAAUAGCUAACUGUCAAAUGACUAAACUGUAUCAACUUACAAAGAUUUCGUUAUUUUUAAGUUGAACAAUGGAAAAUGUUCUCUUAUGAACAAUCAAAAAGAAAUACCUUAGAAAGACUAUUUUGAACAUACAGGCCCUAAAUCAGAAACUUAAUGCAACCAAAGUAAAUAAAUGUGUGAUCACUGACACACAAGUUAGAAAAUCUGUGAUCUCAACUACACUGAGUCCAAGUGUGAUUUCCAAUCAGCCUAAUUACUUGAAUAUGCUUAUAAAUUAACUGUGAACACAUCUUUGGAUCUAUGGACUGUGUCUCUCUGCAUGUCUGCUAAUGGCUCCAUUUUGAAAAGAAUUGGCAGAGGAAUUAAAAAUUUUGAUUGUGAGAUUUCACAAAAAGUAAAGAAUACUGGAGGGUCAGUGACCAACUAUAAGCCAGUGGAAACACAGUGGCUGCAGUAUUUACCACUAAUCAGAUCUGCAGUGGUUGUGAUCCUAUAAUGACUGCAUGGACAGUGCACUACUUUGGCAACCUAGCUCUGAAAAACAACAAGCAGCUGCUUCAGACUUGGCACAGGGGUUAUCAAUGGAAAUCAGUUUCUGUGAAGCUCUGGAAGAGUGAAGGACAGUUCAUAACAUCAACCUCUGUGGAAGGUGUCCAAGAAAAACACCCUUGCUUGCUCUUCAGAACAAAAUUGCAAGAUCAAACUUUGAAGAACGUGAAAAGAAGCCUGAUGAAUAUUGCAAACCCCCAUUCUUUGGUCAGAUGAGACCAAGAUAAAUUUGUUCAAUGAGAUGAGAUCCAGCAUGUUUGGCAAGACUGCCACGGUGAAUGCAUGGAACUGACAUGAAGCACGGAGGUGGAAGUGUGACGAUAUGGGGCUGCAUGAGAGCAAAAGGUGUUGGGGAGAUUUAGACAGUACCAUGAAUGUCUGUGGAUACACCAAAAUACUGAGUGACAACAUGACUCCCAGUCUACACAGGCUUGACAGAAGAGGAAUAUUCCACCAUAAAAACCAUCGAAAGCACACUGCCAAAAUAACAUGAGUUUCUAAAGAAGAAAAAAAGGACAAACUAUGACCUGAGCAAGUGUGAUGGCUGACUUGAAUACAAUAGACACUUUUGGGGUAUUUUAAAGAGAAAAUAGAUCAACACAACCCCAUCCACAAACAGCAGCUGAACCAACAUGGUCUCUAAAAAUGACAGAAUAUCCCUCCAGAUAUUUAGUAUCCUCUAUGCUUCGGAGGAUUGAGUCUGUUAUCAAAAAUAAAGAGAGAAAUUUGAUGUAUUGAAACAAUAAAAGAUCUGAAUCUCUGUAAUGAAAGGUGUGCUGACUUCUGUUGCAUUGAGUUCCUGCUAUGGAGUCUGUAGUUCUAAUAUAGAAAAUCUAAACAAUCAGUUUUUAGUUUUACAUGGGAGGAAACACUCAGUGCUCAACUUAAAAUCGAGCCAGAUAUUGAGGUGAUUAAAUUUAGAAUCAUUUGACUUCACUUUUGUUCUUUACCGUAUUUUAUCUCAUGUAAUCAGAAGUGACAAAAAUACAUUUUUAGUUUAAAGACAUGGUUAGUUACUGUUUUUGCCACAUAAUUUGGAACAGAAAUACUGCAAAUACCUCAGCAUGCUAGGUACAAUACAAUAUGUUUCUAAGCUUUAAAAGUGUUCAGAGAUGCAUUUUUCUUUUUACUUUAGAAGAAACCAAGCGAGCUGUUCUCCUGUUCGUGCAGUCUUUAUGCUAAGCGAGGCUAACAGUACUGUAAUUCCAGGUCCAUACUUAAAAGACAUCGUUUUCUCAAAAAGCUCUUGGAGAGAAGACGAGUUAAGUAUUUCCUAAAUCACUGAAUAAUUAUCGCUGUUCCUCCAACUCCACACAGCUUUCACUACGGAAAUUAACAAUGCACAAGGGGUUUUACUUAUUUAUUUUUCACCUUUUAUUAAUUAGUUUUAGCUCAGGUUGUUCUAGAAGAACAACAUCCUUUUCAUUCCUGCACACAGCUUCAUACCGAUAAAAUGCCAGACAGUGAGAGAAACAUCCAGCUCUGGUCUUCUUUGCUUCAGUGAUUCACAUGAAUGUCUCACAGUUAAUGCUGUAAUGGUUUAUUGAUGCUUAAAUGCUAUUUCAUUUUCCUUUGAUCCACCUGAUCAUCUGUAUAUCUUAUGAAGUGGAGCGACCUUUGGCGUCCUCUCAUUCUGUAUGUAUGUGAAGUAUGUUGCGUGAAGUGGCCCACAUCACGCAACAAAUAACAUGAUUCCUGACAAGCUGCCAUCAAUAAUGUAGAGUCUGUGAGUCGACAAAGAAAACGCACCUGCCAGCCAGGGAAUGAAAAGUCCGUAAACAGCACAUCAUAGAGGCUGUGACUUUCACAGCUCCACUGUGUGAAGAACCCUUUUCUUCAGCAGUAUUGUCCUGAGCACUGAAAUGGUGUGAAGGGAGUGAGUGUGUGAUGGGUUUGAUGUACACACAGGAGAAAAAAAACAGGAUGAAAUCCAGGAUUCAACAGCCUUUAUUCCAAAUGACCCUCCUGUAAACAGGAACAGAAAAAAGGAGCAAACAAACAAAUUUCUCCAAAGAUAAAACAGUACUUUCAGAGUAGUCAUUGGAAGAAGAUGAACACAGAAAAACUCCUGUAUAUUUACGGUUUUAAUGCACAAAACCACUUUGUUUCUCUGUACUAGGCACCAGAAAAUGUAAACACACUGGAAAUAAACCUGGAGGACAUCGUGGAUUUAUUGAGUAUUUUUACGUGUCGCUCACACACAGAGUGCUACAGUUAUUGCAUGGCAGAGGGACCCUGUGUAUAUGGACAUGAAUCUCUGCUUCGGCGCUCGGCAGUGUGGUCUGUGUGCAUAUGAGUGUGUAUGUGUGUUUUGCUUGUCUGUUCUUACAAGGGCUGGACAGUGAUGAUGGGACCCAUCCAGGGUUUUCAUACAGGUCCCCUUCCUUCAGCACUGUCCAGUCCUCUUCGUCGUCCUGCCAGUCUAGCCCUCUGAUUGGUCGUCCAGGUUUAUUUGCUGUAGAGUAACUGUGCUUCUCUUGUACUGCACACAACAAAACACCACAAUAAAGAUGGCGGAUGGCAGAACAUA